UUGAUUUACAUCAGCUGAAGGAAAUGGCAAUGUGCAGCAGUGACUCUGGAAUUUAAACAGAAACCCACAAGGGAUCUCCAUGCUGAAGGCCAACUUCCAAAUAUGGGAGAAGAGAAGCAGCAGUAGUAGCCUGGGAAGACAUCCUCAGCACAGCGAGGGACAAAAUAGUUGGAAAUCUUCAGGCUCACAUCAGAACAGAUCUCAUGUUUGCAGAAAGCACAUGGAGUUCACUUCACUGAGUGGCAGGAACUGAGUCAAAAGAAACACCUCAAGCUGGAAGUCCAUAAGUGAGCGUAGGGUCUCAUCAGGAAAAGGUGGAAAUUGACCCUUGCCCUAGACCACCCUCUUCACAAAAGCUAGAAAUCCAUGCCGUAGAUUGACAAGAGCCUGGAAUCCAAAUCUUUCCUUUCAGGGUAACUGCAAAAACUCACAGCUGCAAAAGAAAAGCUGUCUGUGGAGUCUAUACAAUAUAGCUUUGCUGAGGCAAGUUUUAACCUUCUGACAUGUCAUUCUCAUUUGGCUUAUCUCUUGCUGGUGAAAAAUGCACUCUGCAUUUGGGGCUGAGACUACACAAUCCUCAGGAAGAAGCCCACACUCUUGGACUCCAAGGGGCUGGAUGAAGCAAACUACACCAUUUCCCAUCAUAAGAGCACCCAUGCUGCACCUCCAACACACUUCUAGGGGAGCCUUCUCUGUGGUCCGCAGAUGUGUAAAGAAAAAUUCUUCACAGGAAUAUGCUGCAAAAAUCAUCAACACCAAAAAACUGUCAGCCAGAGAUCACCAGAAACUGGAACGUGAAGCUCGAAUUUGCCGACUUCUAAAGCAUCCAAAUAUUGUGCGACUCCAUGACAGUAUUUCAGAAGAAGGUUUCCAUUACCUCGUCUUUGAUCUGGUUACUGGUGGGGAGCUCUUUGAAGAUAUUGUUGCUAGAGAAUACUACAGUGAAGCAGAUGCCAGCCACUGUAUUCAUCAGAUACUGGAGAGUGUGAAUCACAUUCACCAGCAUGAUAUUGUGCACAGGGACUUGAAGCCUGAGAAUUUACUACUAGCGAGUAAAUGUAAGGGUGCUGCUGUCAAACUGGCUGACUUCGGACUGGCUAUAGAAGUCCAGGGAGAGCAGCAGGCCUGGUUUGGGUUUGCUGGUACUCCAGGCUACCUCUCCCCUGAAGUCUUAAGAAAAGAUCCUUAUGGAAAACCAGUGGAUAUAUGGGCAUGUGGAGUGAUUCUGUACAUAUUACUAGUGGGGUACCCUCCCUUUUGGGAUGAAGAUCAGCACAAACUCUAUCAGCAGAUCAAAGCCGGAGCCUAUGACUUCCCAUCACCUGAGUGGGACACUGUGACUCCCGAAGCCAAGAAUUUGAUCAACCAGAUGCUGACAAUAAACCCAGCGAAGCGCAUCACGGCUGACCAGGCUCUCAAACACCCAUGGGUCUGUCAACGAUCCACUGUUGCAUCAAUGAUGCACAGGCAGGAGACUGUGGAAUGCUUGAGAAAGUUCAAUGCUAGAAGGAAGCUAAAGGGUGCAAUCCUCACAACGAUGCUUGUGUCUCGGAAUUUUUCAGCUGCCAAAAGCCUGCUGAACAAGAAGUCAGAUGGAGUGAAGAAAAGGAAGUCGAGCUCCAGUGUGCAUUUGAUGCCACAGAGCAACAACAAAACCAGUAUAGUAAGCACUGCAAAAGAAACACCCCCAGUGCAGACGUCCAUGGAGCCUCAAACAACUGUUGUCCAUAAUGCUACAGAUGGCAUAAAGGGUUCCACAGAGAGCUGUAACACCACAACUGAAGAUGAGGAUCUGAAAGCUCCCCCUCUCUCCACCGGGGACGGCAGCUCAGUGCUUGAAGGACGGAGGCACAGUGAGAGCAAAACACAGACUGAGUCCAUGCAGUCCCAGCUUUCUCUCUGUUUCUCAGCCACUACACAGUCUUGUGAAGAGAAGCUCCAUGCCUGGGACAGCCCAGGGCAGACAUUGGAGUUAGAGCGUGCUCGGUCGGAGCCUUUGCUAACUCCAGUAGUUCCCUUUGUACUUAACCGAGCACCGUUGCGUAAGCAAGAGAUCAUUAAGAUAACAGAGCAGCUGAUAGAGGCCAUCAACAAUGGAGAUUUUGAGGCUUAUACAAAAAUCUGUGAUCCUGGCUUGACCUCAUUUGAACCCGAAGCACUGGGGAAUCUGGUUGAAGGAAUGGAUUUCCAUAAGUUUUACUUUGAAAACUUACUGUCGAAGAACAGCAAGCCGAUCCACACGACCAUCCUGAACCCCCACGUCCACGUCAUCGGGGAGGACGCCGCCUGCAUCGCGUACAUCCGCCUGACGCAGUACAUCGACGGCCAAGGCCGGCCCCGCACCACGCAGUCGGAGGAGACCCGUGUGUGGCACCGCCGAGAUGGCAAGUGGCUCAAUGUCCACUACCACUGCUCUGGAGCUCCUGCAGCACCUCUCCAGUGAGGAUCAAAUACGGCAACUUGUGGAGAUACUCAGCUGGAGGGCAAUAUCUUCUUAGCAAGCAGCUCUGGAGUGCCUGAGUGACAGCAACGGUCAUGUCUGUUUUGACAUUAAAAAAAUAAAUACAAAUUAAAAACAGGCAGCAGCCAAAUGCACGAAACCCUGCAUGCAUCUGAUGCUCCGGGCACUGCCUUUCUGUUGUUUUCCAUGGAUCCAUCGUGUCUGUUUCUGCUGUACGAAGGUGUUUUUAAAUCUAAAAAAAAAAGACAUGUUGUUUGUAUAAAAUAAUAAAAAAACAGGAAUAAUGCUAAAUAAAUGACAGAUUAUCCAACAUGCCCCCUCCCCCAGGGCUAAGAAAGUGGCAGCAGCCAGAACAUCUUUCAGAAAUGAAGUGAGGGGGAAAGCAAAAGUGAAGGAGAGAAGGAGAGAGGGAGAGCAAGAAAGGAGGCGGCUUAAACAGCGGAUGGCUGAACUGUGCUCCACAAAGAGAUGGUGGAAGCUAAUACCCCAUUCGGGCUGUGCUGCAACUACAGUCGGUGAGAGGUGGCAAGGAGACCCCAGAGGAGCCAGUGUGAAGACUGGGGUUCAAGAGAGAGGAGGUGCUUCUCUUCCUGUUGCCCAGCAGUCUGACUUCAGCCUGUUUCUUCUUCGAUUUCUGCACAGCAAGAACGCUAUGGAGACCUGGUUGCUCGGCUGCUGGAUCCCAAACAGACUUUUCUCUUUUUUUUCCUUUUUUUGUUUCUUUUUUUUUUUUAAGAAAAAACAAAAUGGAAUGUUGAUUUAAAACUAAAGAUGGAAGUAGGGAUUUAAAAAUGGGUUUAAGUAACCCAUUAUUAACCCAAUUAAUUAACUUGAAUAGAAGCUCGCUCUUUAGUGAUACUGGUUUUAGAAACAGCCACUACCUGGACAAACAUGGAGUUUUGAAGCCAGCUUAUUUAAUUUAACAAAAUAAAAAAACAUUUCAUUAAGAGCAGAGAUUUUAGAGGAAGAGGGUAUUUGUAAGGGAUUUUCUAUUUUUUUUCUUUUUAGUAGCAUAGUUGGGAUCCACAGUGCUGCAGAACACAUGUUCCUUAGGAAGCAGACAAAAAACUUAGUGUUAUGUUCUUCAUGAAAACUUGCACAUACACUCCUAUAUGAGGCAUAAAUAGCGUGUGUUUUUUAUACUGAAAUAUAUGCACCCGUAGAAUUAAAGGGGUUACCUGGCCCUCCUGUAUGAUUUGUUGGUCUCCAGUAAAAUAGCAGUGGGAGCCAGCAGCCCCAGCCAGGUGCUUCUCCCCACCACUAACCCAUCUGAUGUUUGUAAGUGUCAUGUUUCCUAGUGUUUAUUUGGGUAAUUUUUCUAUUUUUUACAGUGAUGUUGUAACACAGAAAACUGUCAGAUCAGAACCUCAAAAGCUGUAGCUGAAGGAAUCCAGGCCACCCCGCACCCCGUGUUGCCUCUGGGUGUUAGAGGAUACCUCGUGAAGCAGAGGGGAAAGGGAAUGAACACGUGAUCUGAUGUUCAUCCUUUGGGCCAAUUCAUCUUCCUUUCUUUUCUUUGCUGCAAAAGGAGUUCAGUUCCUUUAUUCAUUGGGUGGGAGAUAUGGAAGUGUUUUGUUGACCUUACCAAGGAGGGAGCCUAGCCCCAAGAAGAAAAUGGCCUUUCUGGCGGGCCUGAUGGGAUUUGUCUUGACCAAGGGAAGGCAUCACUUGCAGAAGUUGGAGUGGACUUUUACCUGAAUUUAUCUACCCCUAGUAAUUUUUUUGGAUCUCUGGAGAGAGUUAAAAUGAUUUCCAUGACAGCGUACUAAGUGUGUAGCAAUCUUUCAGCAGACUAUAGAAGAGAAGAAAGAGAAUUUGGAAUUUUAAUCCUUAUUCAAUAAAAUGCAGAAAAUAAAAGCUGUUGCACAAAGCGGAGCUGUCACUUUGCAGCAGAUAGCGCUCUGCUCCCUUUAUUGGAGAGGAGCUAUCCCACACCAGGCUUACAUCAGCUAACCACUGGUGAAGGAAAAGACCAUCCACACUUCCCAGGUUUAUUUGAGCAAACACCCUUUUCUUCCUCCCUCUGCUAUCCCGGAGGAGUGAAGAGGGGAUUGAACCCAUGGGGGGGCAAACACUAGAUUUUAUUAUUUCAAAAACAUUUUUGAGACAGUGACUUGAAGUGGAAAAGUAAAAAGCCUUGAUAAUUCAUUCAGAAAAUUUUUAAGCCACAAAGAAAGCAAACAGAUUACAGUUAUGCCACUUAAAAAAGAUAAAUACAAAACAUUAUGCAUGCCUUCUUUCGGUCUGAUCUUCCUUGUCUCUUUACCUGAUAAUUAUUAAUAGUUAAAAAAGAGAACCCUCUGUAUUAAGUAUAUGCAUCUUUCAGAGAAAAUUUUAAAAGAACAGAACUGUUGGGUUUUUUUUUUUUUUGUUUUUGCACAGUCUUGGAGACAAACUCUUAUGGAUUUUUUUUUUGUUUUGUUUCCUUUUAAGUUAAUGAGAACCUUCGCUUGGUAUGGCCAUUAUCAAACACAGCUGUACACCUUUAGCAUUCUUAAUGUUCUCUUAUGGGGCUAAUGUAAGCAUCUAUAUAAUAUAUAUUAUAAAUAUCACAUUUUAAACAGGAAAUGGAAGGCAUUUGAUGCAGAAUUUUUGCAUGAUAUAGAAAUAAUUAAAGUUAGCUAGUGUUUGUUUGUUUGGUCUGAAUGUUGGUAGAACCUUCAUAGCUUUGUUACAAUGAAACCUUGAACUGAAGAUAUUUAAUAAAAUAACAUUUAAACAGUGUAAA